GCCCGGCCGGCGCGCGGUCUCGCCUGGUCUCGCCGCCGCGACGCGAGCAAGAGCCGAUCCCGAGGCGGCCAAAUGGGCGCCGGCAGCAAGGCCGAGCAGAGGCUGCUGCUGUCCUACUGCUCCUUCACCUGCAUCUACCUGCCGGGGAUCCUGACGCUGGUGAAGCUCAACGACAACCUGCACAACGUCGGCAAGUACAAGUUCCUGCCCGUGCUGAUGAUACUCACGUUCGCCGAGGUGAUGAAGCUGCUGUUCCCGAUGCUGCAAGCGGAGGCGCCCACGAUCAUCCGCCACGAGCAGCGGGCGUCGCCCAAGACCAAGCGCACCUGGGCCAAGAGCCUGCGGGAGGCGUUCAAGUUCUCGCUCACCGCGCUCGCCCUCUCCCUCGUCUACUACGUGAUGAUCGUGCUGUUCGGCGCGCCCGUGCUCACCGACCACGAGGAGACGACGAUGCUCGUCGUCACGCUCGUCACGCUGACCUUCGUGUCCACCAGCCUGCACCUGGGUGUGGACAACGCGCUGGACAUCCUCACGGGGACCUACUCGCAGCGGGGCAACGCCCUCGCGGACGCCCUCAGGCUCAACAUACAGGCGACGAUACUGGGCACCUGGCUGGGCGCCACGGUUAUCCCUCUGGACUGGGACCGCCCCUGGCAGGCCUGGCCGAUCCCCUGCGUCAUAGGCGCGCUGCUCGGCUACCUGAUCGCCCACUUCGUCACCCUCGUCAGGAUGCUGCCCGCGCCCAAGCUGCGCAGGAAGGCCCAUCGAUAGUAGUCGGACACUCGCGCGUGGCCAAGGGAGGGCCAUUCCAGUCUGUCGAACGUUGGCCCUCGGCACACCGCGUGCUCUCAGCGUCGCGUCUUGCAUUUUACAUUAUGUAUUACAGGCCGUUAGAAUAGCCAGCCGCUCGUCCUUCUCGCUCGCGUAGAUUCGUUUUACAUUAGCGUUCGCUUCGUUAUACUAUCUUUAUCUGUGAUGUACAUAUGUAUAUGUAUGAGUUGUAAUAAUCAUGCGGAAAUCAUGUUUUUAUAUGUAAAUUAUAAUAACAUUGAAUUGUAAUCUA